AUGCUCACGGAGGCUGGCCGGCGGAGAGCUAUGAUGUGCCCUCACAUGAUGGCCGUUUUCAUCAAGGAGCUGUUGGGCUCAUGUGGGCUUGCAGCGGACGAUGGGGACGUUGCCGCCUUCGUGGCGCGCUCCUCCCGGCUCCCAGCCUUGUCGCAGUUGCUGGAGGAGCUGCCGGCCAUGUCCUGGGCCCGGUCCGUGCGGACCUUGGCCCAGGCCUACGAGGACCUGCUGGCCCAAAGGGACAACGUGGACGAGACAGCCAAUGUGUUGCAUCUGCUGCUCAGGAGAGCCUUGCUGCAGCUAGAGAACGAGCAGCCCAAGCUGGCAGCAUCUUUGAAGUCCGCGGGACUGGAGAGCUUGUCGCGGUCCCUGGCGCGGCAGCUGCGCAGCGGCCAGGGGGCGCGCAGCUGGGCCGAGCUCAUGGAUCAGGCAAAGCAGUGCAUGCCACAAAGUCGGCGUGGCACGCUGGACUCAGCUCAGGGUAGUGAUGAUGAGACUGCGCUGCCUGAGGAGGACGAGGAGCCCGCUGAACUCCUGCGGUCAAACUCGGCCCUUUCAGAAGGUAGGAGAAGUGACGCGCCCUUCGCAGAGGAUGCGACUGUGGGCAUGAGCGAGCCCCUCACACAGGAGGGCUAUCAGAACGUGCAGAGUCUUCUCUCCGAAAAUGCCAUGGCCGCCUUUGUGCGGAAGCUCCUUGUAGAGCAGGGCGGUGAGGUGCUGAGCCAAGAAGGCCUCGUGGAGUUUGCUCGGGGCUGCUUGGAUGACAGCACGCCCUUCCCACGGGUUCAAGAGGAGCUGCUGCAGGGGCCUAAAUGGGCCGGCUUCCGGAAGACGGGUCGUGGCAAGCUCUUUGUGGACAGGUGGUUCGACGGAGUAUCCAAGGUCUUCUCUGCCAGGGAAAGCCGCCAUCACCUCAUGGCUGCGAGCACUGAGCGGAGCUCUGCGCAUUUUGAUUGUUGGGACCUUGACUUGCAGCUGGCCGGUGCGCACAUUUGUUUUGUGUUCCAGGCGAAACCGCAUAGCUUGGGUACUGGCGGCGAGCUCGAUGCUCGCAACGGCGACGAGGAAUUCUUCGGUGUGACGGUAGACCACAUCCAGCUGCGCAAGAAAUCUUCGCAGCGACGAGUGCAAUUCUUUGUGCACCACUUCCAGAUCGACAACAUGCGAGAGGUAGAUCGCGUACGACCAAUCAUCAUUUGCCCAGAGGACAGUGGGUACUACAGUGACCGGCGGGAGCGUCACCACAAGAAGCGCAAGGACAAACACAGCACGGAAGCCGAUACUAUUCCCUUCGUGUACUUCUGCAUGGAGAAGCUGCCAAGCGGAAUUCUGCACUUCAAGGAACUGGAGCUUCUGCUGCAGCCCGUCAUCAUGCGCCUGGAUGUGGGGUUCUGGAUCCAGAUCGUGCAGCAGCUCAUGGAGUGGGCGAAUGUGGGGAACUCCUCCGCCGCUGAAGCUGCAGGCACUUCAGAGGAGGACCGGGAAAUCGUGGCCAAGCAGGUGUUGAGCAUGCGAGAGGGAGGUAUCGAUCUUCCUGCAAGCACUACCACUUUGCGACCCAUCUACUUGGAAUGGUUCCGACUAGGAGCCCUCAUUGCCCAAGUAGAGAUCCUCAUGCCGAUGAAAAUGAAGAUCCUCAUGCAGGGAAAGGCGGCAUCGGGAUCAGACUCAGCAAGCUCCACCCUUGAGGACACGGACGAUCAACAAGACGCACAGUGGCAGUCCCUUUGGCUUGCCCGGAUCUUGGCUCGACUAACACAUCGCUCCCACGGCUACAUGAAGCAAGUCUUCAUGGUGGCGCAGAAGGGGCUCGUGUUUGUCAUUACCAGUGUCGGAAGUGGAGUGCUCUCAGGGGUUGGGCACAUCACGCCGCGCUUCUCAUUUCCUGAGACUGUCUUUCAAAGAACGUUCCAAGACCUGACACCCUUCGCGGAGAGCCUGGUGCGUGACUAUGUAAAGACUGGCAUGUAUCAAUUCUGGAAGGUCCUCUUCAGCAUCAACUUGCUGGGUGAUCCCAUUGGCUUGGGCACCUCUGUUGCAGGCGGAGUGGUGCAGUUCUUCCGCAAGACGGGCAGCGAAGUGAUCGCCGGGGACUUGAAGGGCGAAGGUCUUCUGAGCCUUGCACAAGGUGUGCUGGGUGGCACGGCUGCCACAGCCGGAAAGUUCUUCGGAGCCUUAGGUGACACUAUCGAUGCCUUAGCGCAGACUGGGGACCAGAACCCGAACUUCCAGCUCAGCACUGUGAAUCACGUGGGUGACGGUAUCACAGCAGGUGCUCAGGUCUUUAUUCACAACACUGCUUCUGGCAUUGCUGGCUUGGUCCAAGCGCCAGUGCAGGGCUUCCAACGCAAAGGUGUGGUUGGCCUGGGUCAAGGCCUGCUGAAGGGCAUGCGUGGCGUUGUGGCCAAGCCGGUGAGCGGCUUGAUGCACGGAGUUCAGCACAUUGCUGAAGGCGUGGAUGCGACAACUAGACUGUGGGACCACUGGGAGCAGAUUGUACCGCGGCGUGCCUCGCGGCCACUGCCCAAGGGCUCAAAGCUGCUGCCGCUGGUGGGCGCAGAGUUUUCGCCCCGCAUCACGGUUUAUGUGGAAAGCUUGCAAUUCCUGAAUUUGGAGAGCUUCACGGGCGUCUCCGCGGCUUUGAGCCAACGACUUCGGGGUGCCACCUACCGUGUGGAGUUGUCCACGGUGUCCACAGGCACCUGGGCCAAAGCCUCUAAGCUGGGCCGCCUAGCCAAGGAUGGCUCCGUCGUCUUCAAUGAGGUGAAGUGGGUGCCGACGCAAACGCUCAUGGAGUCGGAUAUUCUGAUUGAGGUGCAGGACUGCGCUUUGUCAGGUGACCCGACGCGACCGAAGCCGGUGUACCGGGCGGUGCUGCCACGGGCUCCCCACGGGAGUUCUGUGCUGCAGCAAGUGGCCAAGCUGAUGCGAGAGCCCAAGGAGCUGGCAACUUUGGAUGGCUUCACCUGUCGCAUUCGUCCAAGCCAGCCCUUUCGCGUAAGCUUGAAUUCCAUUGAUGGUGCUUCACCUGCUGAGCUUCUUUUACGCUUCUGGCCUGCCUGGGACCCAGAGCGGGUCCCCAUGACACAGCGCUGGGUCCCCAAGACCAUCAACUCUCCUACAGGAGAACACCUGCCACCGCCACAACGGAAGGAAGGGGCGCUGGAGAAGCGAUCCAAAGGUGCCUUUCAUCACUGGUCCUUGAAGUGGGUGGUACUUGACAACCAUCAGUUCACGUACUGGAAUGAUCGCAAAGACUUCGAAGACGGGCGUCAGCCGAAGGUUCGCUACCACCUGUCAGAUCCAAAGUGUAUCUAUCGCUUUGCGGCGGGCGAGGCUCCUGAGGCCUGCUUCGCUCAAGUGAGAGCCGAUGGUCUCCUAGAGGCACAAUGGCGUCCUGCGCACAAUGAGCGUGAGACAUCGGGCAACUGGCUCCAAGCAGUAUUGCGACACACUCUCCAAGAGUGAGCAGCAACGACCUGUGUCAUGCCAGGUUUGGGGCUUCUGCACUGUUGCCAAAAAGUUACAUCAAACGGCGUGUUUUCCGGCAUUGCUCAACAGGUGGCAAAGUCCCAUCAAGCUCAUGCCCAGGCACACCAGCCAUGUCGGGCAGCUGGUAAAUGCAGUUGGUCCACAUGGCUGGCAUUUGGCUGGGGCACAGUGCAACAAACGCUUUUGAUGAUCUGAAAUACGGGUAACUAUCACAAAGCCCAUCCUGGAGGGAAACCCCAGCCCAGGUGCAAGCCAAAGUACAGUAGAGAUAGUGCAGUAGCACAUCAUGCCCUGCUUUGCACGCACGGCACUGCACCAGCCAAUAUGCAUCCUGCGAAAGCCCAUGGCUUACUGUGUCCUAGGGACGCGCAUUGGCACAUUUGCAAUCAGGGCGCGGCAGCAUUCGCAAAAGGGUCGACACUUUCCAGGCUUGUUUCACGGUUCCACGGCAAAUGCCACAAAACACCUACCUAUGCAGCGACCACCACCACCACCACCACCCA